AUGCGCCCUUGUAUUCCACCGCUGCUGCUCCUCGUGCUUUGCGCCGCCGCGGCGGCCCGUCGGCUCACCGUCGUGCCUCAGCCAGCGCUCACCGACGCCGAGACUGGCGCCUUCACCGUCAACGCGUCGGUCGUGGUGCCUCGCUUCGACCCAGGCCCCAAAGCGCUCGACUUUCUGCGGCGCGAGGGCUACGUCGUCAUCCGCGACGUCCUCAACGCCAGCGACCUCGCGCUCGCGCGGCGGCUCUUUUGGGCGUUUGUGGAGGGCGCCGGUGCUAGCUCCGCCGACCCUGCGAGCUGGCGGCGGGCGCUCUCUCCCAACCAGUACGGGAUCGCGUGGGGGCUCGGCGCCGGGCAGAGUCGGCUCAUGUGGCACGUGCGGACGCGGCCGCGGCUGCUGCAGAUGUUUGCGCUCGUGUGGGGCACCGACGACCUCCUCACGUCGUUUGAGGCCUUCUCGCUGCUGCCGCCGCGCGAGGCGGAGGCGGGGUGGAGCCUCGCGGAGAGCUGGUUCCACACCGACCAGAACGGCAGGUCGCGGCCCGGCCUGCAGACGGUCCAGUCCUUCACCUCUCUCUGGCCGCAGGACGAGCGCUCGGGCGCCUUUGUGGUCGUGCCUCGCGGCGCGUUCGUGGUCGUGCCUCAGUCGCACGCGCGGCACGAGGCGCUGACGCGGCGCGUGUACGCGGCGCGGCCGGGCACGUCGGACGAGCAGCAGUUCCUGAUGGUUCCGUCGGGAGACCGCCUCCUCGCGACGCCGCACCCGCCUCACCUCGUGCGCUGCGGCGCGUGGAGAGACGCGGUGGGCGCGGGGGACGCCGUGCUGUGGGACUCGCGCACAGUGCACUGCAACACGCCGCCGCUGCUGGCGGGCGGCGGAGAGGCGGCGCGGGCGGCGGAGGCGCGGGGAGGGGAGGCGGCGGAGGCGGAGGCGGCGGAGGCGGAGGCGGCGGAGGCGGAGGCGGCGGAGGCGGUGAUGGGGGCGGAGGAGGAGGCAGGGCAGGAGAUUGAGGGGAGGCGGCCCGGGCGGGUGGUCGCCUACGCCUCCUUUGCGCCUCGCUCGCGGGCGGACAGUCGGACGGUCGUCCAGCGGCAGCGCGCCUUUGCCAGCGGGCAGACUUGCACGCACUGGCCCUUCGAGAUGACCUGCCUCGAGCCACCGCAGGCCGUGGGCGAGCCAGCGGUCAUCGCGCGGGACCCCAAGGCAAAGUGCGCCAACGGCUCUGGCUGCAAAUACAUCCACGACGGCACCGGCGCCACGCCAACGCCAACGCCCGCCGACCCUCUCGCGGACCGCAUCGCCGCCGCUAAGGCGGCGAUCGCGCCGGGCACGCCGCCGUCGCUCGGCAAGCGCGCCAAGCCGCCGACCCCCGACUCAAGCGACGACCUCUAA